AUUGGCCACACCCCCUCAUGAUUUAAUCUGGACACUUUAAUCUGUCUGAAGGAUUCCUGACGCUGAUCGUCUGUGUGCUGUUGAUCUUUAAGUUUCAUCCUCCGGCUCCUGUGACUCUUUAGGUAUGGCACAGAGAUCAGAGACGGUGUCAUCUACAGACAGCAUUAAAUCCAGUCAGUCAGCUGACACAGCUCAUAAAUCUGCCCUCCGUAAGACUGCGUCCAGUGAGACGAACAACAAGACAAAGAGCAAGAAAUCAAACGAGGACGCCAUGAACAAGGUUUACACCAACCUGCUGAACAAUGUCUUUGGACAGGAGAGAGAUUUAUCUCAACCUGAACUGGAUGAGUUGUCUGAAGCAUUUAAGGAGUUUGAUUAUGAUCAGGACGGUUACUUGAAUUAUAAAGAUCUGGCAGAGUGCAUGAGGACCAUGGGGUACAUGCCAACAGAGAUGGAGCUGCUGGAAAUCAUUCAACAAAUUAAAAUGAGACUUGGGGGUCUGAUGGAUUUCGAUGACUUCUGUGAGUUGAUGGGUCCCAGGAUGAUGAUGGAGACAGCAGAUAUGUUGGGACUCAGAGAACUCAAAUGUUCGUUCAGUCAGUUCGACACAGAUGGAGAUGGGAAGAUCUCUCUGGAUGAGAUGAAGGAGGCGGUGAAGACUUUGUUAGGAGAGAAACUGAAGAAGGGAGAGCUGGAAGACAUCUUGAAGGAGUUGGAUCUUAAUGGUGAUGGGACGGUGGACUUUGAUGAGUUUGUGAUGAUGUUGUCGGUGAGAUAAAUCUUCAUCAUCUCUCAUUCAUCCACUCCUUCUUCUGAUGAUGAUGAUGAUGAUAAUGAGAUGUCAGUCAGCAGGUUGAUGUUAUAACAGUUAUCUUGUAAUUCUGUCUUAUUCCUGACAACUCCUAAUCAACUCUUUUAGACACUUUUCUGAAUGAUUGGUUACCAACAAAAGUGUACCAGUGUAUGUUUAAUAUAAAGACUGUAAAUGUGUAUCAUAAACAUCAAUAGGCCUUUGUACAUAAUGAAGUAUGUUUUACAGUUUGUUAAUAAACAGCAAAUAACUGAGAAAGGGUGAGAAUGAUUUUAUUAAUCUAAAAGUGAAUCAAGUAAGGUCUGCUUUUACAAACAAGGUUUAGCUAAAGCCAGGACUAGUCUUAGUUAAAUUAAGAUCUUUAAAACCUGCCUUAGAAAAAGAUGUUAUUGGUAUGUAUCUUGAUGGCACUGGCUUAUUUUAACAUCUGUAUGUGCAAGUUAUUACCAGUUGAGACUGAUCAAACAUGUGUUUUAGUCUAGGACUAACCUUAAGUGUUGUCUGUGGGGAAUAAUGUCAUUCAAGAUUUUUAUUUAUUGUCACGUGUACCUGGCUGACACAGUGAAAUUCUUAUUUUGCUUUUUCAUCAUGAGAGCAAGAAGGGCGGCAAACAAUAAAGUAAAUAUUUAAAAAGUGAAAAUAAGUAAAGAAAUAAAAAAUAAGAAUCAAAGAUAAGACGUUUGCUAUAUAAUAAAAAGUAAGAAGUAAAAAAAUAAAAUCCCCAAAUAGUUAAAAGAAUUUACAACGUAAGGGAAACUGUAUUAAAUGAAGGAAUUUAUGUUACAUUUUAGUGGCACUGUUUCCACAAUACACUGUAGUGCAAUUAUUCAAUUAAAGUGACAUAAUAGUGAAAUGUAAUUUAUUAAAGCUUCAUAGACCAGUAAAUAUAAGGUUCGGGGUAAGAAAGUCUGUUUUUAAUAUAUCUUUAUAUUCUGUUUGUUAACACAGCUGGGUUU